GGUUAAGCAUUAUACAGAGUCUGAAUGGUUAAGACCUCUUAUCUGAAUUGAUCAGACAUUUGCCUCUGAAUAGUUAAGCAAUAUACUAGCUCUUAAUGGUUCAGACCUCUUACUGGUUCAGCACUUAAUGGUUCAGACCUCUUACUGGUUCAGCACUUACCUAUUUAGGAGUGUUUUCGUUGAUACGAGCAAUGAAGACGGUAAUUAUAGUACUUGUACUCAUACGCCUCCCAAUGCAUCCGCUCAAGAAAGAGCUACAGAAAAGGUAUAUUUAUUCCAUUGGUACAAACAAGCCAACCCAGACAUGCAAGGAGCAGAGAACUUUAGAACAGCAUAAAACUCUUUUACAAAGAGAGAGGGUUCAUAGUAAUUUCACUAAUGCUGUGAACAAGUUAGGAGAAGGUGGAUAUAGUGUGUUUACUCCCACGCGUGAUAAUGCAUGUAGUGAGCGGAGAGCUGUAGAAAAACAGAAGACGCUUGGAAAUGCAGACCAAUUAUCUCGUGCUCAAAUUGAGUUAUUGGUGGAUACAGUGCUGACACUUUACCCUCAAGAAGUUCAAAUGUAUCAAUCUUUAACAAAGAAAGAACUCAGCAUUGCUUACUUAGAGGGAAUGUUUAUGUAAGAAUAAGGCAGAUCAGAAAUUGUUAAAUAUUGUCCUUCGUGACAAGUUGGAGGAAACAACACAUGUGCAAUGUCAAUCAAAGAAGGAUAAUAGCACGAAAAAGGGACAAUAAGUGGUGGUUCAAGCUUGAAGAGAUGGUGUCAACCUAGCACUACAAAUCUUUUUGCACACAUUAAUUUGUUUCUUCUCUUCAAUUUCGAUAAAUUUGGAUAUAUUUAUAACUCAUGUUUUUAGACACAAAAUAUAUAUGUUGGAUGAUCGACUUGUUGUUAGAUCGAUCUUAGUAUUUGAAUUCUAAUAUACUUUCUGUUUUUGG